AAUAAUGUUAUUUCCAUAUGAAGCUAUUGAAAUUCAUUGUGGAUUUUCACAGUAAGAGUUUUCCUUCAAUUAUUCCAAUGUUUACAUUCACAUUCAUUUUUGAAAUUCUAGUUUAAUGAAGCAGAAUGCCUUAUCUUAAAAAUCUUCACGCUGGAAAUCGAGUCCUCAGGUCAGAGUGUUUCUAGCAGUCAGAGCAGUGCUGGGCGUCCAGAGGUCUAGUGUAGCUGGGUUUAACUGUGUCUUCUGUGCCCCGGUUUCUUCUGCUUCCACUCUGGCUUCCCUUUGGGGUCAGAAUCCUUGCUGUCAUUCCAGGCUUCACAUCCAUAUCACAUUGCUGAAAAAAGAAUGCCCUCUGAACACUCUUCCUGGAAGCAGGAGCCAUCUUCUCUCCAGAAGCUUCCAGAAACCCUUGUGCUGCUCUGCCCUGAGUCCAUGCUAAGUUUUAAACCAAGUAGAGGGGUAUGAGAGGGCAACCAACAAAAACUAAAACUCAGGUUUCUUAAGUUCCUUAAGAUCACUCCCAGUCCUGCUGAGAAGGCUCAGAGGUAAAGGUGCUGUGCAAGCCUGGUGGACCAGAGUUUGAGCCCCAAGCCCAUAUAAAUCCAGUUGUCCUCGGAUGGCCAUAUGAGUGCAGCGGGAGCAUGCUUUCCAAAGUUUAAUGUUAUCAGUUGCAACACGGUGCCAACAGUUUUCCUUCAAGUUAGAGCUUUUGUGUAUUUAUUGUGAGAAAAUGCUUGCCAAAUACAGCCACAAACCCGAAGAGCCCUAGAACUGUGGGUGGUUAGUUGUUCUUUCAAGUAUAAUGGCAUUCUGUGAGAUGAAACAUUUGGUGCAAAUUGUAAUUCAGACAUCUUGAGAAGCACUUUUUCUGAGGUAGCCAUCGUAUUUGAGUGGUACCAGCUCCAGAAGGACUUCUGAUUUCAUCGGUCAGCAUAUCACUGCAACCUGUGCCCACGAGUUUAAGAGUUUCAUCGACGAAUUUACAAAGGAAUUCCACUCCAGCUCCGAGGCGAAGUCUGGGCUCUUCUUCUUGAGAUCCCUAAAAUGAAAGAAGAAACAAAAGACCUUUAUAGUAAAUUAAAACACAGAGCACGAGGUUGUUCACCUGACAUCAGACAAAUAGACCUUGACGUGAACCGCACAUUUAGGAACCAUAUUAUGUUUAGAGACAGAUACGGCGUUAAGCAACAAUCCUUAUUCCAUGUUCUUGCUGCAUAUUCUAUCUAUAAUACGGAAGUCGGGUACUGUCAAGGGAUGAGCCAGAUAACAGCCCUACUCCUCAUGUACAUGAACGAGGAAGACGCCUUCUGGGCCCUGGUCAAACUCUUCUCAGGCCCCAAACAUGCUAUGCAUGGCUUUUUUGUCCAAGGUUUUCCUAAACUAUUGAGAUUUCAAGAACAUCAUGAAAAAAUUCUGAAUAAAUUUCUGUCCAAACUUAAGCAACAUUUGGACUCUCAAGAAAUCUACACAAGUUUUUAUACAAUGAAAUGGUUUUUUCAGUGUUUUCUUGAUCGAACUCCUUUUACGCUGAACCUCAGGAUAUGGGACAUCUACAUCUUUGAAGGAGAGCGAAUUCUUACUGCUAUGUCUUACACAAUCUUGAAGUUACACAGAAAACAUCUGAUGAGAUUGUCUAUGGAAGAACUUGUAGAAUUUCUUCAGGAGACGCUCGCCAAGGACUUUUUCUUCGAGGAUGAUUUUGUAAUUGAGCAACUUCAGGUUUCUAUGUCAGAACUAAAGCGGGCAAAAUUAGAUCUCCCAGAACCUGGUAAGGAAGAAGAAUAUCCAAAGAAACCCUUGGGACAGCUUCCACCCGAUUCUGCUUGUAUUAAUCAGUUGAGUAAUGGACAAAGAAGUGUUGGCAGGCCCAGCCCCCAGCUAAGCAGCAGAGGAGAAAGUGGAUCACCUCACAAGAAGCAUGAGCAUUCCCCUGCCCACCACAGCAGAACCAGUACCCCAGAAAGAGUCCGGCCACCAAGACGGAAGUCAGUGGAUGACGAUAGUAAACACCUGAAGCCUUCGUCAGGUCCACAGGACAGUUCCAGGCACUACAACCAUGCAGCUGCUAACCAAAAUAGCAAUGCAAUUUCAAACAUCAGAAAGGAAUUUAUGCCCAAAUGGAAAAAACCAUCAGAUGCCUCAGUGAUUGAAAGAACUGCUAAAUAUGCCAUCGAAGGUAAAAGUCAUUCAGUGUAUCCCACUCCUACAGUUGCCACUCCAAGUUCUGCUGAGACCCGAAUGUCAAACUCAAGGCAGAAGAUAAAGCUUUUGGAUGGCAGUGAUGGGAAGCGGGGUUCUAAUGCUUCCCAGUAUGACAAUGUGCCUGGGAGUGAGAAUGAAAACGGAGCCUCUGUGGAAGAGGCCCCAGAACGGACCCACCCUCACAAUCUAAGAAAGCACACUGAGCCAAAUUCCAGCCCAUCAAAAGUAUCCAACAAGUUUACUUUGAAAGUGCAGCCUCCCAGCCAUGUGCGAUAUCCAUCCCAGUUAGAAGGGGAGGAGCACAGGGCUGCAUAUCCACCCUCCUACAGCAACCCCCCUGGUUACCAUGGAAACUCUCCAAAACACAUACCUGUUGCCCAGAGCAGCUUUGUGUCCCCACGGAUCAAUCCUGGGGCCCAAAUUAAUCCUUCUAGGAGACUGUAUGGUUCUUCUCUUUCAGUUGAUGUUUCUCCGGAGAAAUCUUACAGCCGCCCAACUCCUGUUGUUCUACCAUCCAGUCGAAUUGAAGUUCUUCCCAUUGACAUUGGUGCUGGGGGAUAUACAGGUAGUUCAGGGUCACCAAAGAAUGGAAAGUUCAUCCUUCCUCCAGUGGAUUAUUUACCAGAAAACAGAAAAUGGUCAGAAGUUAGUUAUACAUACAGACCUGAGAUGCAUGGACAAUCAUGGACUCGAGAUGCUAGCCGUAGCCACUUAAGCAAUUUACCAAAAUACGCAGCCUUUCAACACAUACCUUUUCAGGACCAUGGCCUUCCAGAAGUAUCUGUAGACAGUCCAGUGAGGUAUAUAAUUUCCCCAGCUGUAGAAGAUGCCAGUCCUCCUGGGUAUCAAUAUGCAGGUCCCUCCCCUCCAGCACAUCGCUACAGAAAUAGAGAGGGACUUUCUAUUCAAGAGUCAGUGUUGCUGUGAGAGUUGGCUGUAUUCACUGAAGACAAAAGAACAGAAACCAUGUGAUAGCCACAUUGCUAUGUUUAUAGUUGCCAAAGCAGUAUUUUAUACUAUUGUAAACAACUCUUGCAGUUCCAGUGCGUGUCAGGAAGAGAGUGUAUGUGGAAGUGCUCCAUCUCCACGUAGAUGCUGCCGAGACGAGUGUCUCAAUCACAUCGCCACUGGAACUUAAUAGGAGACUAACCUGGAAACAUAGCAGUCGUCUCUAGGGAUGCCACUCAGUGAGGCUCUUUGUUUUGUUUCCUUCAGACCUGAGUGUUUCGCUCUGUUGAUGCACUCUGCUCUGACCACUGUCAGAGACACCAGAGGAGGUGUUCUGAAGGCUGUCACUCAUAUUUUAAUAGGUGUGACAUACACCCAGGCAUACAGAUUUUGAUCACAGAACUUAGAAAUGUUUUUUUAAACUACCUUUAACCUAGAUCCAUGGCAUAACUGUGUUUCCCCCUUAUCUUUCUACCCACCCUGCCCUGGUCAUAUUUUAGCCUAGGUUCUAAACUGAAACUGACUAAAAAUAUUGUCCUGACUUUAUGAAUCCUACAUCUCAUAGAAUGUCAUUCUCCUUCUGUUACUGCCAUUUUAUCUCUACCUGAAAAUUAAAGACACUGGGGAGAAAGGCUAACCACUUAUGGUGCUUAAAAUGUGGGUCAGUUAGCUUGAGGGUGUGGCUGUGGCACAGCGCUCACUGUGUCCUCUCACCUCCAGCUGUCUCAGUGCCCUGUGCUCUUGGCUCUGGUCUUGAUGGGUGCAGAGCACUGACCGCAGAAGGAGUUGGAAGUCACAGUCCUUGCAGCACUCUGGGUAGUGGAAGGUUCGUUUUCAGGUUCAUUUGAAAGCAGCAUUAGCCAGACUGCUAUUCCUUAUUCUGCUUCAGUUUCACAGGGCCCCAGGAGAACCACUCACAUGGGCUUUUUCUGACACUCAUUCUUUACUGAGUAUAGUGGGUGGGUAUUGUUACACUUACUGGGCCAUUACAUUAUCCUGGUCAAAAUUGUGAAAAAUACCCUAAUAAGCAUCUCGAAUUUUGAUCUUUGUAAAAAAAAUAGUAUGUUUCAUAGUUUUUGAAAAAUUUUUCAGUAAAAAAUAAUUGAGGUUCAUGGUUUAAAGCAAUUAAAAUAUGCUAUUGUACACUACUGUCACCACGACAUAGAUAGCAUGGUGGAUUCCUUAAGAGAGGGUGCUCUGUGUGGAGGCUUGUCUCAUUGUUCCCUUCUUGUAUCUGAAUAUCAGAAAGGAGAAAGUCCAACAGUGAUUGUCCCCUUCCUCCAUGUUGGGGAUAUAAGCAUUUGAGGUACAAGAAUAUGUCUUAAGAUGAAAGCAACAUUUGUUUAGCUAGUGAAUGUGACAAUAUUUUUAAUGUAUAUAAUGAUCUUAAUGUAAUCUAAUCAAUGUGGUAAUGAUGUUUUAAGUGUGGAAACAAAUGCAGUAUAUUAAAGGUGAUCUCCACACUGAAACUCCAACCCCUGA